UCUGCUUCCCAAGUGCUGCGAUUACAAGUGUGAGCUACCACGCCUGACUUUUAGUUUUUAUCGUGUGUGUGUGUGUGUGUGUGUGUGUGUGUGUGUUUGUGUGUGUAUGUGAGUGAACACGGUGCCUGCAGAGGCUGGAAGAGACAGAGGAACUUAAGACAACAACCUGGUAAAAACAAGAAUAGAAUAAACUGGGGGAAUGGUGAAAACACGAUGAAAAUGGAACAAGCUGCAGGAUUUGUAGGAUUCUCAGCUCAGAGGGACAAGGGAAUGUUAAGAUGGCUCCCGUUGUUCCAAGGGACCAGACGUUUGAGAUCGUGAACCUCUGACGAAAUCUGUCAGGAUCAGAAGUGGGGGAAACAUAGUAACCCAAUUCUAUUGAUACUAAACUUUCUGUGAGAGGAAUUACACUGGAAUUUAAAAGUUUGUGUAAAUGCCCUCCAAAAGUUUUUGGUAGUUUUACGUUUAAAAUCCAGCUUUCUAUGGGCGAGUAACUUUACUGGUACUUAAAUUAUACUCCAGUAAUGUAGAAACUGGGUCUAAGGAAGUAGUGUAGCACAUUUGAAAUGAAUUAAGGAUCUCAGUCAUUGCCCUGACAAAAAUAUAUGUGACAAUGGGAUUAAGUGCCUGGAGCUCAGGUUCCUUUAUCACGAGAGCUGAACUACACAACCUUCAAGUUUCUUGGCAGCUGAAGUUCAGUGUGUACUUAAGCUAUUGGAAAAAUGUAUCACUUUAAAUCCAAUGAAUCCUACUACGGAGCUAUAGCUAAGUUAUUUGUGAUUCCCAGGUUUGGAGGGUACAGGUAUGCUCACCAGAGCUCCCAGGAUGUGUGAUGGAAACAGCUUCUAAACUACAAACAUCAUCACGUUGGUUUAUGUUUUGAGACAGAGAGUUGGUGUUUGUCAGGGUAAGUCUCCAGCCUCAGCCUCCCCAAGUGCUAAGAUUACAGGCCACCACCCUGCUAAUGUCCAGCAAAUGUUGAGAGCAAACCAAACGUCCCGGGUGUCACAAUGCACACAUUCCAGCUCUGUGGAUCCAUAUCCCUCCACAUUCUAAAGCCCAAAGCUUUUUCCUUUCCAGAGCCGGGAAUCCCAAGGCAAGCCCGGCCUCACAGCUUCUCUUUUUCCUUUAACAAAAACUCACUCUGAAAUUAUUUUUUAGUUAAUUCACCCGUGUUAGCGUGUGAGCUAAAGGCGCUCGUGAGCAGCCCAACACGGGUGCUUGGGAACCGAACUGGGACCCUCUGAAGAGCAGCGCAUCCUCCUGACCCCCGAACCAUCUCAUCUCCGUCUUAAGGGCAUGUGCGGCUCUACUUCUUCCUCAUUCCCUCCGGCUGGGAUCCAGAUGCUGCAGCCCCAAGAGUGCCCGGAGCGCACGAGGCACGCCGGGGAGCCUGGUGCCCCGCGGGACCCCUGACCCGGAAGGACCAGGCAGCGCCCGAAGGGCCGGAAGUGAUGGCAGCUCCGCGAGCCGGGCUUUCCUAGCAACCGAGCCGGCUUCUUAGCGACGGGAGGUGGCUUCCCGGGUCUCGCCAUGCCGGUGCGGGUGAGUGAGUUCACCUGGCAGCAGACGCCGGCCGAGGUCUUCCUGUCGCUGCCUCUGCGCGGCGUGUGCGUGCGUGACGCCGACGUGUUCUGCGGGGAAAGUUACCUGAAGGUUAACUUUCCUCCAUUUUUAUUUGAGGUGUUUCUCUACGCUCCCAUAGACGAUGGGAGUAGCAGAGCCAAGAUUGGGAAUGACAUGAUUCUCUUUACACUGUAUAAAAAGGAACCAGUUAUGUGGGAGACCCUUUCUAUGCCAAGUGUUGACAAAGAGGUGAUGCAGAGAAUAAGAGAAAAAUCUAUUCUGCAGGCACAGGAGAAAGCAAAAGAGGCCACAGAAGCAAAAUCUGCUGCCAAGCGGGAGGAUCAGAGAUACGCGCUAGGUGUGAUGAUGAAGAUUGAAGAAGAAGAGAGGAAAAAAAUAGAAGAGAUGAAAGAAAAUGAACGGAAAAAGGCAACUAGGGAAUUGGAAGCUUGGAAGGAAUGCCAAAGACAAGCUGAAGAGCAAACCAGAAUCCCAAGGAAAGAGAAAUGCCAGCGGGGAAAGCAAGCUCAAGAGAGGGGGGCACUGAAGCCCCCGAGUUUGCCCAGGAAGGCCCCGCCCCCUCGCCUUCCCCAAAGAGAGAAGAAUUGGGAGAACAUAUUUUCUGAGAAGGUAAAGGAAGACGGCAUUCCCGCACCGCGCUCUGCUGGCAGUAUUCAGAUCAGCUUUACCCCUCGGGCGUUCCCAACUGCUCUUCGGGAGUCCCAGCUGGCCGAGGAGGAGGAGUGGCUGCAUAAACAAGCCGAGGCUCGGAGAGCCAUGAGCACUGACCUUCCUGAGUUCUGUGACCUGAAAGAAGAAGAGAAGAGUACAGACUGGCUGAAAGAAAAGGGGAACAAAUUGUUCGCAACAGGAAACUAUCUGGCAGCGGUUGAUGCAUAUAAUUUAGCCAUACGAUUGAACAGGAAGAUUCCAUUAUUGUAUCUGAAUCGGGCUGCUUGCCACCUCAAACUAAGGAACUUACACAAGGCCAUCGAGGACUCAUCUAAGGCGCUAGAAUUGUUGACACCACCUGUUUCCGACAAUGCCAGCGCAAGAAUGAAGGCCCAUGUCCGACGAGGUACAGCAUUCUGUCAACUGGAAUUGUAUGUUGAAGGCUUGCAAGAUUAUGAAGCUGCACUUAAGAUCGACCCAGCCAACGCAGUUGUACAAAAGGAUGCGGAGAAGAUUCGGACUAUAAUUCAAGGGACAGCACUGAAGUCUCAUGACUAGAGACAGCUGGGCACAGGAGUCACUGUAGUGCUCCAUCAGCGUGAAGAGCGAAGUGCUAGAGAUCCUUCGGAAAGGCAGUGCUAAGAACCAUCUCCAGGGCGGGAGUGGCCUGUCUCACCACCUUUGAUCCCAGCACUGGGAGGCAGAACGGGUGGGCUCUGUGAGUUUACGGCCAGCCUGGGCUACACAGGGACCCUGUUUCGCAGCACAGAACUGAACAGAGAGGACGGGCUGCUCUGAUUCUCGGUCUUGGCAGAGGGCUUGGCCUUCGAUGUCGCUGUCCUCCACUCUCCUUGCUCUUGUAAUUAAGCUGCUGCUGCUGCUGGGGUUUCCAGGAUACUACUGAGGACGCAACAGAAUAGAAUUUCCACUUAAAGAUUGUACUUACAAAGGUUUUAUUAUAUUAAAUGUAGUAUUUCAUUA